UUACGAAAACACAAGCGCAUAAAUGUCUCCCCGCGAUAUUUCCUUGAGAAAUGACUUCUACGAAUGAUGGAAAAGACGUGAAAAGUAAUCAAACGAGUGGCCAAAAAGGCAAAUCAUAUUAUAUUGAACUUUACAAGUCCCUCGAUGCGCGGCUGAGCGGCGACUGCUCGCUCGGCGAGCGCACACAACACCUCUGCGAGGCGUGGCGCCGCGUGCACAGCCUGUGCCAGCACUCCGCGCCCGCCACACACCCGCACCUGCUCAGCUGGCUGCAGCGGCAUACUGCCCGCACCGUACUGCAGACAAAAUGGAGUAAAGAACAACAGGACAGCCUCGAGGAGGCGAUAAAUGAGUUCAUCGAAGAGACAAAGACAGGGCGCGCCUGCAAAGAUGGCGUCAGCCCGCCGUGGGAGACACAGCUACUGCAGAGGGGGCAGUGGUUCAAGCGGGUGCUGUCCAACCCCUGGGGGCACCCCGUACUACGCAUCCUGUUGGACCCGAAGUCCACGCAGCCGACGGAUGACGAGAUUCUAGAAUGGCUGAAGGAGGAGCGCGGCGUGAUGUUCGUGACGCGGCUGCGUCAGCUCGCCACGUCAAAAUGCGCCGACUUGGCCGUCAUACUCGUCACGGCCGUCAUGGACCGCGUUCGGGCCGGCGUCGAGCUGGCCACCGACAGCGAGCAAAGCGAGGAGCCCAGAGACAAACCCAAGCCGCCGAAUGAGAAGCCGACGUUUGCCGACAUCCUGACGUCAGACGCCGGUUUUACGGUUGACGUUUGGGAGCUACUUACCGACAUUGAGUUUGUGCUUCUACACAAGGGCGACAAACGCUCCAAAUGUAUAGACUUGGCCAAGCAGACUCCUCUCCGCAACGGCUAUCAGCUGGUGGAGAGGCUGCAAGGCCGCCUGGAGACUUCGCCCCGCGAGAAGAAGCUGUGGAAGAAUGCCAAAGAAGUCGCCACACUGAUUUCUCAGGUGGUGAUAGCGCGUUGCAUGGUAGUACCAGUGUGCAGCAACACAGCUCGCACGGCGCUGUACUGCUGCGCGCGCUCGCUGGCGCGCCUGCUGCCCGCCGCGCGCCUCGCGCCCGCCGCCGCCGCCUUAGCAGCGCCCGCUGCCACUGCGAGGCAUCUGCACACGCUGGCUGCGGCCACGCAGGCGCAGUGCCCAUCGGACAUGAAACCUUUUGUGUGUGAACUGUACGUGCGUGCCAUAACAGCCGGCAUGAAUGAACUGGAGAGGCUCAAGUUAAAUAAGGAAAAGCAAGCCGAAGCGCGUCUCCAAGAACAGAUGUUGGCGACGUGGUUCACUCAGCUGGGGUCGCUCCUGGCUGACAGCUCGCGUCUUCGCUGCGAGUGCGCGUUGACAGCUUUCAGCGUGCAUCCCGCGCCUGCUAUGUAUGCGCUCAUACAACAGGCGCCGGCGCUGCCCCGACUGCACGCGGAGCAAGACGUGAAAGAGGAAACCACAUCCGAAUUCGGCAGUUGGGCCACCGACAGCCGGACUCAGUCCAACCUAGUCAAAACGUCCGAGACGCUCAACAUCAAGCACACGCAGCACCAAGGCAACGUGCUGUCCACGGCCAUACUAACGGAGGGCGAAGCCCUAGGGCUCAGUCCGGAGCUCUGCCAGGACCUGGCCGUGCUGCUGUCCGGGCCUAGAGUGAAGACGCUUUCGUGGGAUAUGGACAGGGAGGCCCUCAUAGAAAACUGCCGGGCGUACAUGGAGCGAACCCACGGAGGCACCCGAGCGUUGACGACUGAGCUCAAGUACCUCAACCUCGACCCGAGCUCGUAUAUGCACUUGCCAGAGGAAGACGACUCUGCUGAGAACGACGCCUUCUACGGGAUUGAGAAAGGCUACGAACAUCUAGUCGAAGUUCAAGAGCAAGAAGAAAUAUGGCAGGACGCUUUCUCUGACGCCGAGAGGACCGAGAGCGCAAGCUCGGGCUUCGAGGUCGUCCAAACCUCAGUCAAAAAGAAGAAGAAGAAGAAAGUCCCAGUACUAUCCUCAGAAGAAGAUUCUGACCCAUUAAGUCUAGUCGCCGAAGCGAAACGCACCGAGAAAAAGACAGAACGGCCCCACAGCAAAGAGAGAAGUAAAGAGAGAAAGGAGACCAAAAAGAAACCCAAAUCCAAAGACGGCUCAGAGAAGAAAGAAACCAGUCGCGAGAGGCGGAAAGAUGAAACAGACCCCAAAGAGAAGAAAGAGAGAAAACCACGGAAGAAGAAGAUCAAAGAAGAAUUUCCCAUGGUCGAUUGCAAACCUGGCUCUUUGUCCAGCCUCAUCGGCAUGAAAGUGUCUAAAGUCAAAUUACCUGAAGGAAAAUACAGAAAUCUGCCAGACAUGACAAGAGUUUCCGCGCCUUGUUUCACUGAUAGCGACUAUGACAGUCAAGGGAAGUCCUCCCUAGCGUCUCUGAACUCUGAGGGCAACGACCCCGAUGUACUAUUCGAUGGACUAUACAAUAUGGAAGACUACAAGUCGCCGGAGAAAGGCGACCCGUUGGCCCUUAGAAACACAUUCUCCAACAGCGAGAUGAGUGUCGCCAAUGGUCGGGUUGCUUUCAACACUACAUCUAAUAACCAAUACAGGCUAAAAACCGGCCCCAGUACUGCAAAUACGACACAAGAUCUCAACUCGCCUGACAACGCAGCCAUUAGAGAAGAAGUCAAGAAAAGUAUAUCGAGGCUCAUUGAAUUCAGACGCCAGAAGUCGCUUCUUGAAGAGACACAGAUCUUAAAGUCUCUAGCAGCAAGUCCGGCCAUGUCCUCGUACAGUGAUAAAAGUGCAUCGCCCAAAUCUAGUCCGAUUGUGAAACCAAACAGUGAUAAUAGUGCUUCAAUAAUUAAGUCUCCUAACGCGAUAAUUCGCCACGAGUGUCCCGAACCGACUGUGUUCAGUCCUAAGGCUGUGGAAGUCCCGGAAAUACCCAAAGCUUACAUUAACAAAAAGCAGGCUGAGACACUGAAAGAGCUCAAACAUGAAGUCGACUCGAUGCUGCACGCCCAAUACUCAAAAAAUCCAGUCAUCCACUACGCUAACAAGUCAACUGUACAACCUAGUCAUGAGUCAUCACAGCAGUAUUGUCCACAAUAUUCAAAAUACGGAAUCAGUCCGACCAGGUCCAGUGAGAAUGUUCCCAACCCAUUGGACGAUGAGAAAGAACUCCAAAAGAAUUUUCAAGAUUUCCUUAGGGAGUUGCAGGAGUCGAUAAACGCCGGUACAGCGGCUGGCAAAAAGACUACCCCUCCCAAAAAACCCCGAGUAAGGAAAGACGUGAAACCCGUUAGUAGGGUGACGCCAAUCUCUCCACAUUUAUCCAGAACGGAACCUGGAACCUCAUCUCAAUGUGCCAAAUCAACAAUUCAGUCGACUAAGAAAGUUGACAACCAGCUGAAUACGUUCGCGCGACUCAGCUACAUGCAUAGAAACAAACAAAGUGAUAUGAGACUAUAUAAACAAUUAGCUGAAUUAGGCUAUCCCGAAUAUCAAGCAGCGGCCCGUCGUUCUGACGAGCAAAAAAUCAAGUACCUACAAGCCAAAGGUGACAUAUCGAUACUGAGAGUUGGCCAAACGCAUGUUCCGCCGAAAGACGAAAUUCAAAUUACCAUGCGAAAAGCAGAGAAGCCAUCGUCGAUUACAAAAGAUCACCCUGUCAUAUCAAGUGUGCUGCAGGGAAAGUAUGUGACUCCAACCAAACCCAAAAACGAGACCCCAGUUAGGAGUUUUCCAUAUCAGUCUGAAAAACCUGUAGCUAAAGACUCUGCACUCUCGGAGAAAGACCAGAACGAUUUGCUGCUUUUGCUACGGCAGCAGAGCAAACUAAAUAGCCCUGCUUCUUACAUGAGCUCAGAUCGUUCGCCGAUCGUGAAUAAUCCGCAGUACCCUAAAAUUGCUAGUACCAGUCAUAGCACCUCUCAGAACCACAAUCAAGUACCACUUGUCAGUAAGUCAGUUAUCAGAAGUCCGUCAACAGAAAGAAAAAGUACUAGUGUUCAACAAUAUGAAGGUUGCAGAAUUAUGCACUGUGAAUCCUCACCGGAUACGCGUACCAAACCCACAGACAGUAAAUCAUGUAACUUUAGUAAGACCACGAUUAGCAAGAAAAUAGAUGCUACAAUAAGCAAAGCGCUGAAUAUUACGCUUCCGGAGGAGACAGACAUCAGUUUGAGUCCGAAUGACAAAUCGCCUGAUAGUAUGCCACAGAGUGUAGAAAAUAAAAAACCAAAGAAUAGUAAAAAAUCUUCAAAAUCUUCUGGAUCUUCAAAGAAAUCUAGCAUACCAGUUGCUAAAUGUGACACUAAACAUCUGUAUCAUCAUCCCGAACCGAGUCCGAAUAAAACUGAACCACAGGAUUGGGAGAGUGUUAUGGAUGCACUCUUAUCACAUAAGACUCCUAGUUUAGGACCCAAUGCCCUUGCCGUGGCGUUGAAAAAAGACAGCUAUGCAAAAACCGCCUUGCGAAAUCAGAGGAUCAUAAGAAAGAAAGAACUGCAGUUUAUGCAUAAAGACCCACCUAAAACGCAGGAACCAGCGCAUAGCGAAGCAGUUACGUCGACGGUUACAAACGAUGGCCCAGCAGAGCAGACAACAGUGACUGACUUGAGUAUGAAGAAGACAGCGCCGAAUGACAGCAAAGCACCAGUGGAACCAAAAGGAUCCUCCGAGAUUCAAAAGACAUACCCGUGCCCAGCUUUCAAAGAAAAAGACCCGUUCAUAUCUGGCAUACCUAACUCAGACUACGAUCUCCUAGAGGAGUUGAUGGAUGACGAACUUAGAAAAGAAAUAGGUGAGCUGUCGUCAGAUGAUGACACAUACAAAACACCAGCGGCUAGCAGUACAAAGGUCAUUAAAAUGGCCCCCAGUGCAAAGUAUACUAAUGUGAUCAAAAGUGUACCACCCAAGGAUAUGCAAUGCGUUGAACCGCGAUGUGGCACUUCCAAUGUGAAUCAAAACGCUCGCGAGUCUAUCAUUCAAAGUAACAGGCGAAUAAUCAAGACUUACGAAACGGCCAAAAAGAACAACACAACAAAAUCAUCAGAACAACCAAUGAACAUCGUCAAUACCAAACACAAAAUUGACAUAAAACCAAAUAAACAAUCACUUCUCAAAGUACAGGCACCUGCGACCACCGUGCAUUCUCAGCCCCAAACUGUGGAGCCCCAGGCUUACGACAGCACUAAGAAUACGAGGGCUCACAUCAACAUCGUUGACGCGAGGAAUAUAUUGAUCACAGCGCCUAAGCCGGCUGCUAACAAACCAGUCACGACCACGCCUGUCGCAACUAAGCCAGCUACGCCCAAAGUGGUAGUGCUUGGGUCUGAAGUACUGUACAAUCCUUAUGUGGCAGUACAAACGCCAAUACAAACUGGCUUAUGUAAUAUCAAUCAGACUCCGUACGUCGCACUGAAUACGACUUCGCCCAACAUCAAGAUUUAUCAAACGACGCAGUACGCAGCGCCGGUAGUUAACCCGGUAAUCAUCGGCAAUACUAUGACUAUGCCAUCAGCAGAACCUGCACAAACCAUGCUGUCACCUAACCAGACGCAAGCUAAAUCUACUAGUCAUUUUGAGUUCCCUGUACCCCACGAUUUACCACAAAAUAGCUCGAAUGUGAGCCUAGACACUACAAAUUAUGAUGAAGGUUAUACGAACCUAAUAAAUGAGACGAAUGUCGACCAACUUCUUCAAGCUCCUAAACCACAACCAGACGUCAACUCUGAAUUACACGCCAAGACUAAUCUAGACUACAAUUACAAUAAUAACUGCGAAGUGCAAGAUACUCAACCGGUCAAUCUUUCCAAAACUAUAAAUGACCCGAAACAAAGAUAUGAAACUCAGAUUGUGUUACAAACUCAAAUCCAGCCAAUUUUAUACAAUCGUGUGGAAGAGGAUAGCGAAAAACCUAAUGACGAUGAAGAGCUCGCAAGGAUAAUGGUCAAGCGUUUGUCAAUUAUUGAUAGGCAAAUAUUACAUCGAUCAAAUGCGCCUGCCAUUCCACUGGGCUAUGCACCGUUAAAUCCGCCUCAGGAAGAGGUGCGCGUUUUAAGCCAAGAGAAAACUGAUCUUCCUGUAACUAUUCCUGAUUUAAGUAACGAAACCAUCGUCAACGAUAAAGCAAAUGCUGAAACAGUACUUAAUACCGAAAUUGUUACCACACAAAAAGCCAGUGAAAGUAGCAAAGAAAGUGACAAUAAAAUACCGUGUCGACGCAUACUCCUUCGUUCGUCUAACGAUCUCAAAGCGAUUACAACAUCAAAUCUUCAAGAUCAGCGCAAUCCGGUAGGUCGAAAAACCAAAGUGAGACUCAAAUCAGAGACAGUAACAGAAAAUAAGGAUGCAGGACAAAAAAAUGCAAAUGACAAAGAUGUCAAGGAGAAAGACAUUGAUUCACCAAAACGCAUAUCUAAGAGAAUACUUAAUAAAAAAAGUGAAGCUUCCCAAAAAGAUGAAAUAGUCGAAGAUACUGCUAAAAAUACUACUGAAUCAACCCCAAUUCAAACUAAAAAACGUAAAAAGAAAAUACUGAAAGCAAAAAAACAAGUCAUUGUUGCACCAGAGGAGAUCAAAGAAAAUAUACAACAAGAAACGGUGGUGGAAAACGCGAUUGUCGCUCCACCAUCGGACAAAACCGUAAAAACUCAAGAAAUUCAACCUAGUGUAAUAGAUACUGAUACGUGUGAUAUUACUGAUAAUGGAUAUGACAUGGACAUAGAAGCCGCGUUAUUAGGAUCAAAAAUACCAAAGAUACCAAGCCUCAUUACCGAAUAUAUUUCAAAAAACGAGGCUGAUAGUACUCCAGAGCCUGACGUAAAAAUAGCUCGUCCGGUCAGGAGAAAGAGGAAGCCUAGGAAGUUCAGUGAUCAAAUAACCGAAGAUGAUGAUAGUUUGACAGCAUCCUCAGAUAACCUUAAUGAUGAGUCCCAACAAGUAAACGACAGUAUAUCACCGUCUGAUAAGGAACCAGGAAAGACUGGCGUUACCAUAUCAAUAAUAAGAAGCAAGAAAGGUAAAGGAAAGACUAGAUUUGGCAUCAAAUUGAUUAAUUCGCCAAUUAAACCUGUAGUGCAAUCAGCACGUCCUAAGAGGAUCAAAAAUACAAAGAAGAAACAAAAUUCAAAAACAUCAGAACCUACAAAUAUUGCUGAUAACUUACCUGAAACAUCUGAAGUAGUUAAUGACACUGAGACGACACAGCAUGAAGGUCGCGUUAUCAAAGUCAAAAAAUCACAUAAAAAGCAAGCGCCAGUAUCGUCCGGUACUACAGAUAAUGUUCCACCCGAAACGAUAACUCAUGCUGAAGCAAGGUCCAACAGUGAAAAAGUUGUAAAUUCUCAUAGUGGCAUAAAAACUAGGCGAUCAAAAUCAAAAGAGAUUCAUCAGACUGAAUUAAAUUCAGAAAUCAUUAAUAACGUAGAUACUCCACAAAAUAACUCGGAAAUUGCUAGUGUUUCUAGUGACGUGCCAUCUCUAACUUUCACAGGUGUUAGCGUUGCGACACCCUUGACAGAAAGUGUUACAAAUGAGAGUAAUAUCUCGCCGAAAAUUUCUAAGCAGAAAAAGGCUACCAAAGAAGUAGCACCGGUCCAGCAAACUUUGACACCGAUAACCACUGCAUUGAAUAUAGAUACGAAUUUGGUCACCGUUACCAAUGAUAGCGUUCAGCCGAAGGUAGUAUCGCCACUGUCACAAAACGCAGUACCAAACAACAUCACACGAGAAACAAUUGAAGAAAAAUCUCCUGGAAAAAGCGUUCAGCCGAAGGUCGUAUCGCCACUGUCACAAAACGCAGUACCAAACAACAUCACACGAGAAACAAUUGAAGAAAAAUCUCCUGGAAAAACUACAUCCGAAACUCAUGAUUCUUUCAUGGAUUUAAAGGAUAAGAUCUCAAUUGAAGAAUUGCCACCACCUCCAAACGAUCCAACAAAGAAAUGCGUUCGCAUCAAGCUACCAAACGGCAAGACUUUCAAAGCUACUAUAUUCGGCAAGAUGCAUGUCAGUUUCGAGUCCAUAUUUUCAGAUCCAGCGCUCAAAUCGACUUUGCUGACAAACUUGAACGAAACUAAACGAUACACUGUGAAUAUAAAGCAAGUCUCGACGACUGCCAAAGACAACCCUAGGAAGAUUGUUGAGGCACACAUAGAAGAGGUCAAUAUACAAACCAGAGAGAAAGUACCCAUAGAAACUGUUAACUUAUUGAGCGACGAUGAAGAGGACAAUAAAUCCGGUAAGAUGCAGAUUUAUAAAACGGAGUUUGGCGAACACAAGGCAGUAGCCAUAGAUGUAAAUGACUACAAAAAGCAUCAAAACAAAUUAAAAACGAAAUGUUUUGUAAAACUAACCAAAUUGAAUGAACCUGAAUCAAGUAUUGGUAAUGAAGAACUCACUAACUUAUUGCCUCACGACUUGGAUGAGAUGGUAGAAGUGGGCAUUCUGGAUAAGAUUAUGGAACGUCCUAACACCAGCUCUUCUGAUGAAGAGCUUCCGCAACUUCUCCCUUGCGACUUAGAUGGGUUGGAAGUCGUGAAUAGUCCACAUAAAGUUGUGAAACCUCCUGUCUCAAGUACUCCCAACGAAAAGCUGCCGAAUCUACCGAAGGUUACGCACGACUUUCGUGUUAUUGACAAAAUUAAGAGAUCCAUGGAUACUGCUGCUAAAGUAGAUUUACCGAAUGUAUCGCUCAGUAGUAAAUUAAACCUAAGCGUAAGCAGUCCUAUUGUAAUAGACGACGAUGAUAAGGAUGAACCUAUUGCGCCGCCCAUUCCAAUGGCUAAAGUGCUAAUACCGGAUGUCAUAGAAAUUGACGAUUCUUCUAAUGACAGCAUAAAUGCUCCAGAAACUGACACAGUCAUUUCUGAAAAUGAAAUAAACAAGGUAGUUGAGACUGCAUUGCAACUACCAUUACCACAAAUACCUAGUUGCUCGAACGAAGCUCUUAAAAUUCAGGACGAAGAUAUAGACGAAUUGAAGAAGCUACUAUUAAAAGAUCUUGGCGUUGAUGUUUCUAAUGUAGAAGAUAAACAAGAAAAUGUUGAGUCUUCUGAUGAACCUGCGGUGAUGGAAGAUUUAAAAGGAGACCAAAAAGCCCCAAUAGAAACUAAAGAAUGCUUCGUGAGGCUGGAAAACUGCGAUGCAUUAGCUGACGAAUAUGAAAAGAAAAGAAUAAUCAAGCAAAAGGUUGUGGUUGAUCUCAUUAGAUGUGAUGAUUUAAUUUCUAUGUCAUCGGUUGAUGCUACUGAAGAUAAUGAUUCCGUAGAAAAUUGUUCAGAUGAUUUAAUAGAUUUAGAAGCUGUAGAUGCUAAUAGUAGUUUUAAUUCUGAUUCUGAACCUAGGAGGAGAUCUAGAAGUGGGUCAUUCUCCUUAUUAGAAACAUUCCCAGAUUAUAUUGACGAAAAAGUUGAGUCAUCUUGUGAAUAUGGCAGGAGUUCGCCUGUAAUGGAUGUUUUUGACACUAUAGCUGCUUUGAAAAGAUUGCAACACUCAACUACGAAUGAUUUAAAUGAAAAGUUGGAUGAGAUGUCUUCUGACAUCUAUGAAUAUGACAGAUCUUCACCCGUGAUGGAGGUUUUCGAAACGAUUGCAUCUUAUCAAAAACUUCUCGACGCAACAUCUACUAAAGACAUGGUUCUACAAAAAUUGGAUUGUUGCUGUGAAUGGUACAUUACAAAGCGUGAUCUACACUUGGCCGGUGAAAGAAUUGAAGCUAUUGUAAUCAAAUAUUCAGAUAUCUCUGCUGAGACUGGAGAUAACUCGCUUGCUACGAUUCCCGAGACUUCCACUCCCGUCGAUCAAUCUUCUGAGCUGACUACAGAAGUUGUUCCAACGCUGAAGACGCUUACUUCAAAAUUGUUCUUAACUGAUCAAAUUCUAAACCGACUAAGGCCUUACAACUUAAAAAGGAAACUACGCAAUGCUGAUGAGAGGGGUGUUGCCAAUAAAUUAUUGAAGGUUGUGAUUAACAUUCCAUCAAAAUUAAGCGAAUGCAUUGAUGUAUCUAAGGGUACCAUUACUAGUAAGGCUCCAGAUGACAAUACUAACCUGCUUGUACCGCCGCAAGGUGUUCAAAAGUCAAAAGAAGUUGAGUCUGAUUUACACGAUGAUAGCCUUAUAGACACAGAAGAGUCGGCUCAAGAUCACUGCCAACCUGCAGUUCAAUUAUUAGAAAAUGCCGUCGAAGACCAAACAAAUUACUCAAAGGAUAUUGAGUUCGAUGAAACAGCAAGUGACUUAAAUGUCGACCACAAUCUUGAUUCAUCUGAAACCAUUGAUAAUACAGUUCAUCAAGACGAAGAACACAAGACUGAAAAGUUAUUUGAUGACAUCCAAAAGGAUCAUUCAACAAAUGACGACCUAAUCAAUGACUCAAUUAGAGAAAUAAAUACUUCAGACGUAAAAAAUAUAGAAAGGGUCAGUGAAAAUGUACAAGUAGAUUACGAAGAGACUGAAACUACACACAAUGAUGUUGACGACACGUCAGAUAUUUCGAUAUCUUUGCUUGAUGAAGUAGUGAAUUUGGAUAAUAAUAGUGAGAUUGAAGUCAAAAUUGCAGACAAUCUUAGUGAAAGUCAACAAGUAGAUGUCUCAGAAACUGUUUGCCAAGAAGUGGAUUUGAAAAUUGAGAAUACAAAUAAAGAUGGCGAAAAUAUUUGUGACAGUCAAAUGUCCAGUACUGAAGAACUUGGUCAAAAGUAUGCUGAGGAAUUGCCAAAUGAUUCAGAAACUUUGACCAAUGGAAGUACAAUCUCGAAAACUGGCAUUGAGGCAGAAAGUAAUGAUACAGAAAAUGUCAAAGAAAAUCAACGAGUGUUUGGUACACAAAAUUACAUUGAUAAAUUACCAGACGUCACAGAAACAGUAUGCGAUGAAACAACAAACUCGAAAGACGAGACUAGCUUGAAAAAUGAAGAAAUACACAGUGAAAUCCAUACCGUAGACUCUGAACAAACUGUAGAAACACAAACUUAUGUUAAUCAGGUGCCGGCUGUUUCAGAAUCAAUGAACGAAAUUAGCGACGAAGUAGUUGAUAUCAAAAAUAAUGAGGAGAACCUAUCAGAUACCCUCGAAAUUACACCAAUACAUGAUUGCGAUAGUCCAGAUUCCCAAAUAUCUAAUUUGGAUUAUCAAGAAAUCACACCAUCCAACACUGAAAUGGAAAUUCAGGCCGCUGAUGCCAACAAAUCUACUCAAAUUGAAGAUGAGAAUACACCUGAUCCUGAAGAAGUGUGCGUUGAAAUUCCAAAAACUCAUGAAAUUGAACAAAAUGUGGCAGAAGAGCAACACAUUGUAGAACCAAUGCAAGUUUUGAAUGAAACUGAAGAAAUAUCCAGGGAAACCCACACACCAGAACAUCUUGAAGAAAUGCCUGACGAGCCAGAAACUUCACGUGUAGAAACGGUUGAUACAAAUGAAGUUUCAGAAGCUGCAGGCGAUGAUAAAAUUGCCCCGACAACUGAUAAUUAUCGAAUGAAUACAAUCGAACAUGUUCAAGAGUAUGUCGAGGAAACAACGAUAUCAACGGAUUGUAGUUUCGAAGAAAGUCAUUCGACUGGUAACGAAACAGUUCAAAUACCAAAUUGUGAUGGAAAGACACAAGAAACUUCAAACUCUGCCAAUAUUGUGGAAGACCAAAAUAAAACGCCAAAAGUAGAAUCAAUGAUUGUUUGCGAAGGAGUAGAUUCUAAAGUUGUAUGUGAAAAUAGUCCAAUCGAUUCUCAAGAAGUUGUUCAAACAUUUACAGAUAGUAUUCCAGAGCCAUUACAAAUUUCUAAAACUGUUAUUGACGAAAUAGUUGACUCAAUAGUUAGUCAGGAAAAUCAUCAAACUGAUUGUAACCUCAUGAAUGACACACAAGAACAGAUUGUAGAAGUGUCUGAAUCGCCAUAUUCGGUGUCGGAAGAGUCCCCUGAAAUAUGCAAAGAAACAGUUGAUUUACCUUCUGAAAAUGAAGAUUUGGAAAAUAAUUCCAAUAAUAAUACGCCAGAUUAUGAUGAGACGUUGACUGAAGUUCUACCAGAAAAUUGUGACAGUAAUACAGACUCAAAUACAGAACUGGUUCUUAACGACACAAUUCCCAGUCAAAAUAACAACGAAUUAAAUAACACAAAUGAAAUAUCACAACGAACAUCUUGUGACAUGAUUAAAACAGAUCUAGGUGAAUGCAAUAAGAACCAAAUCCAGCAAAGUAAUGAUUGCGAUUUAACCGUUAGUACCACCGACAUCACCGAUAUUGUGAGCAUGGACAAAUUACCUGAUGAGGACGUUAUUACACUACAACAGAAUAAUAACAGCCAAGAGCUAUGCACAAGUGUUAGAGAGACAAGCUGUGAUAAUAAUACUGAAAAUGUUGACGCUGAACAUAGAAAUAGGAAGGUAGAAGAGGAUAUUGCGUCUGAAGAACUAACGGAAAGCUCAAUGGAAGAAGAAACUAAAAAGCCUGAAGAACUUUCAAAUGAUCGAAAGCUAGCUUCACCUGGAAAAAAUGAAAGUCAAGAGACAUUCGACAAUCAUGGUGAAAUAAACAUUGAAGUUGAAAUACCGGGUAAAGAUACUCAUGAUCUACCUGAUAAGCAAGAUACAUGUGCCCCAACACCUCCCAUUAGCUUCGAGUACCAAAUUGAAGUUGAACACUAUUCUGAAGAAUCUGUAGACAACAGUUCUAUAGUGAAUGAGCCUAACAAAAUUAGCCCUGUCAUAUUGAACAACUCGGAUGUCGAAAAAGAAAUUGUCAUUAGUGACGUAGAUGCUAAUGCCGAUGCAAACGAUUGUCAAGAUUCUAUUAUCUUGCCACAAAUGGUAACUAUAGAAGAUGUAAGCAGAAUAACCAAAGCAGAAGAAGUGAAUAGCCCGUAUUCACAAAGUACCGAUGCCAAAGAUGAGAGCGAAACUGAAUGUGAUUACGACAAGACCCAAAACAUACAACUUUUAGAUCACGGCUAUGCCUUCAUUGAUUCGCCUUUUAACAGAGAAUGUACAACGGUCAUUGAGACAGAAGUUUCUGAAUUUUGUGACAUAAGCCCAAUACAUAGCGAUGACGAAAAAGAUAAUAACGAAGUCAUUCUAAAUGGCAUAGAAUACGAAUUUCCAGAUGUAGGCACCUGCUAUGUUUUCCCCAUUGCCGAAUCUAGUGCAUCUUAUGACAGCGACAUUUAUAAUGACAGCCCGGAAGAAAUAAUCCAAGUAACACAAGAAAUCUGUGAAGAUGGUAGUGUUGACAAUGUGAUAGAAACUAAAGAAAUUGGCGUCGAAGAACCAUUCCUGAAACUGAUCAUACCUAAACAUACGUACUCCAAUAUGUCCAGGAAGGACUCCAAAUUGUUCAAAAGAUCACUCAAGCGCAAAAUUGAUAUGUCAGACAUUAGAAUCGGCAGGAAAAGAUAUAGGAAAUCCAAAAAUAUUGAUUACCCAAGGACCACCGCUUCGGCCAUUUUAGAUACGGCUUACAGCAGAGAGUACAAGGGAAUAUUUGAUUACUGCAGCUCGUUAAAGUUUUCAUAUUCGCAGCCGUUUCACAAAGAGUUUGUAGAUGUUGAGGAGAUUGUAAAAGAUUGGCCUCUAAAAGGAGAAUGCGUAAGUGAUUUUCAAGAUCAAAUUGAGAGCAACGAUCUACUGUUUUGUGAUUUGGAUAUCCAACAAUAUGAUUUCACAUUAGACCCAAUGCAACAAACACUGGCUGAAGAACUAUGCGCAGAAUACACAGAAUCGGAUCUGCCCAAUAGUAGUGUCACCGAAACCAAUUUCAAUAUGGGUUUUGGUGAGAGGUCCGACAGAGUCAUACAAAAUUUGGAAGAUGUAGGUGACGAUUCAAAAUUUUCGGCUGCGACUCUGUCGGACGUAAAACAACCUCAGCCGUUUUUACUGUCCGAAGAUUAUGAAACCAAUCAAAUAGAAACCAGUAAUACAACAAGGGAAGAACAAAUAAAGCAGUUAAGGCGUUAUAUCACUUACAUUGAAAUGAGAGAAAAAGUGCGGUCGUUCUUCAAGAAAACAACAGCUGAAUUGAAAUAUGAUUGGCUGAAGAAAGACAAGAAGUUGGAUAAUACUGAAGGCAGGGAGCUGACAAGUUUUCCAUUUGAGCUUUAUAAUGCGACAGAUUUUUUGGAGAUACCCCCAGUUAAUGUGUCUGUACAAGUUGUUCAAGUGGGACAGCUGCCAGUUAGUGCUGCAGCUCAAAAUCCGGUGACUUGCGACCCUCGGGUCACUCAAGUGUCAGACGCCAGUCCCCCACAAUGCUCUGCAGAAAAUAGCCCUCAAGAUGAUCAGCCAACGAUCAAAACGGAAUACACAGAAUUGACUACAGCGGAAUUGACUUUACCUUUAAUGCAAAACUACGCGGCGGAACAUGACCAUGACCGUGUUCCACAUCUCUCGACUCUGGAAAAUAUUCCGAUUGAAACUGAAAUUAAGAUAGAGCUAAUGGAAGAAACAGAAGUGAAGGAAGAACAAUGUGACACGUAUGAUAACAACCACUCUCCGAGUAUGGACAAUCAAUAUUUAAACGACGUGGAUUACUCGUUUGCUCCUCAUGCUCCUAAUGCCACUCCUGUUUUGCAGACUGAUCAGGACUAUCAAGCUUUUUAUAAUUCAAAGCAUGAUACAUACCCAACUCAAUUGCAGUACCCAACACCAGUGCAACCGACACUACAAGAACUCGCAACACAACCAGAAUACCCGCAGCAAGAAUACCCAACCAGAGAAGAAUACCGAGCUCAACAAGAAUUCUCAACACAAGGGGAAUACACAACAAAAGAAGAAUACCCAACACAAGAUGAGUAUCCAACUCAAGAAGAAUACCCACCACAGACCGAAUACCCGCCACAAGUAGAAUACCAGCCACAUGAAGAAUACCGGCCGCAAGAAGAAUAUCGGCCGCAAGAAGAAUACCGACCGCAGGAAGAAUACCGGCCACAAGAAGAAUAUCGUUCACAAGAAGAAUACCGUUCACAAGGAGAAUAUCCGCCACAAGAACAAUACCCGACACCAGAAGAAUAUCCAUCAGAAGAAAAAUACCCCCAACAAGAAGAAUACGCGCCACAAGAAGAAUAUCCGCCACAGGAAAAAUUCUCGCGUCAAGAAGAAUACCCAACGCAAGAAAAAUACGCCACAAACGAUGACUACUCGCCACGAGAUAAAUACCCAACACCAGAAGAAUAUCCGACGCCAGUAGAAGAAUUCUCAGAAGAACAAGAUUAUUCAAUACAAAAUUACGCAAUGAAAGAAAAUUACUCUACAAAAGAAGAUUACUCUACAAAACAGGAUUACUCUACAAAACAGGAUUACUCAACAAGACAAGAUUAUUCAAUACAACAAGAACCACCAACCCAGGAAAAAUAUUCAACACAACAACAACAAGAAAACCAAACACAACAAGAACCGGAAUUACAACAAGAAAUGUCAACACAAGAUCAACCAACGCAAAAAGAUAAUUCAACGCCACAAGAACAACCAAUACAAGAACAUCCAGCGCAAGAAGAAAACCCAAUACAAGAACAAACAAAGCAACAAAAUGGUUUGCCUGAGAAGACAGACCAAAUUGCGUGUGCUAUGAGUGCAGCGGGUAUUAGUGCCACAGCUGAGACUAUUGCGAAUACAAGAGCUCAAGCCCUUGUUAAUAUUCUAUCACAAAAGUUGACUACAAAUAACUUCGCUAAAGCGACACCUAUAAGCGCAGUAGCAUUACAGCAGGCCUUGGCGCAAAUCCUGCCACCGCCAUUAAAUCAGACAAAUUCCACCGAAAAUAAUCAGCAAAACCAAAACGCGUCGGCCACCCCACAAGUGUUACACAUCGUUCAAGGGAAAAACGCUUCUGGAAACCAAAUUACUUUAGUUGAUAACUCACAACCAUCAGUUAUCAAUGGACCUAACGCUACGCCUGUGUUACACAUCGUGCAAAAUAAGUCUGGUACUACUGGUGCUACUUCUAACGGUGCUACUACACAACAAACUAAUUCCUUCAGUGGCAUAUCCCUUGUAGACGCGGGCUUACAACAAGGCGGCAACCAACUACUCCAUAUCGUUAAUACAGGAAACCAAAAGAACAGCAAUGCGACUGGACAACUUUUGAAGAGAGUAAACUUGUUGACAAACCUCGCGAAUGUCCAGGGUUCGAAUGAACAGAAAAUGGUACAGUUCGUGUGUAAAGACGGCAAAGCUAUUCAGCUGAAUGCGCCUCAUCAGCGAAGCAUGGUGCUAAGACUGCAACCAAUAGAAACUCCGAAUGUUCAAAACAAUGUUCAAAAUACACCUAAACCAGCUGAGAACCAGGACUUGAGUCCCACUUCUGCCGAUGCCAAUCAAGAAAUUAAGUCACGCUCGGUAUAUGAAGAAAACUACGCCCAAUUCAUUCAGAACUCCUCUACUAAAACCACAGUACCGGAAAAAUCUACCAGCCUGCCGAAAUUUAAUCAAGCCUUUGGAAAACCAGUGUUCCAAGAUGGCAGCGAAAAACCGAACGAUAUAAAUGCUAACAAUACUCAUUUAUCUGUGAACACAAAUUCCGAAGGCGAAUGCCAGUCAUCAGAAAAUGCCAUGAAUCUUGAUCAUAUUGGCCAGAUCGGCAGUCCACCAUUGUUGUUACGAAAAUCCGCGCCAACAUCUCAACCUCAAGCGAACUUAGUACAACAAAUAAAACAGUCGAUGACUCCAGUUAACUUGCAAACAAUGCACGGAGGAGUGAUAUACACCAGACAAAUUCCCGUUAACAUCGGCGGGGGACAGACUAUCAAUUUAAUUACCGUGCCGAGUACUGAAUUAGUUGAUGAAUCUGGUCAAAAACAGCAGCAAGCAAGCACCCAAAAUGAAAUUGAGUCGCCGAUCAUAAAAAUUGUGCCUCAAAAAGCAUCUGGCAGCGAGGGAUCUUCUGAAGAUGGGAACGCGCAAAUGAAUGGGCAAAAUGAAAGUAAUCCAAAUCCACAACCUCAACCACAGCCGGUUUUAACUCAAAUGCGUAUAAAGCUCCCGAUGCUCAGUAAGACGCCCCAAAUGGUGUCCGGUGGGAGAGUAGUAAGACCGUCCUUUUUCCAGAUUCAAAGGAACGUGAUUGGGGGCGCUAACCAACCUGUUUAUCAGCAGCUAGUAUUGACAGCGGCCCCUCCCCUUGGCCAAACUAUUAGGCUUCCGCAAACUCAGACAAGUCGACAAGUCAAAGUCCCGAAUGAAAACCAGUCGUCACCAGAAUCGCAGAUGAGUUCGUCUACUCUGGAGCAGCUGAGAGAAUUCGACAUGGUUCUAGAGCAAGUGAAAGAGAGAAGCAGUGUUCCUCCGAACUCAAACUCGAGUACUACGUUUCCCAAAAUGCACACACCACAGACUUCGGAUACAACUGACGGGUCAUCGUCUGCGAGCUCAUCGUCACCAACAGAGGCUACGCAACAGGUGUUAUAUUCGAUUGGCAACAACCACCAGCAAUUGAAUGUAGCAUACGUUAAUCGAAAAGCAUCUGCAUCGACACCAAGCACAUCUUAUGUCAGAUCACCGGACUCAUCUGGGAUGGUAGAUUCUCCCACGUCUUCGACUCACUCUCAAAUACCACACACGGUGACGUCAGAACCAUCACACUCGGAAACACCACCUCAACCUAAGCCGAAAAGUUCUAAAUCAAAAUCGCGGCCUAAGGCGUCAUCCCAUCCGCCUAACACAAUGAAGAUUACCGUUCCACCAAAAACAUCUACUCAGAAACCGCUCGAAGACGAACAAACUACACAAAGGAUACUUUAUAUCUUGGCAGAGUAUAAAGAGCAGGUAGAAAACUCACCUGAUAAAGAUAAACCAGCACCGAGGAGGAGGACUAAUCCUCCUUCGAAUCCCUCUGGUUCUCACAAGCGCAAGAAGAGUUCAAGUGGAUCAAGACGCCACGGUCGUGAGCUCAGUCCGAUCGGAGACGACACGUGUAGAACAAUGGGCUCUGAAGACAGCAGCUGUGGUACAUCUCAAGGGGACUGCAACGAAAGCUGCUUAGAUAGCCAUUCGCCUCAAGAUAGUCCGCGGAAAGUGGUCCGCAAACUGUCGUUCGAGCACGAGAUUCCUCCGCAACAACAACCGCGGCCGCAGCCGCAGCGAAACGUCAUCGUCGCUGACGGCCAGACGAUCACCGUAGCGCGUGGUACAGCAGGAAAACCAGCGACAGCCGUUCUGAUGCCAGCUAAUUACAUCCUACCAGUGUCUAUGGUCAAAGGGGGUCAACAGAUCGCUAUAGUCACGAACCGCGGGCCGAAGUUGCUGACUGUUAGCGGGGGUGAAGGUGGGGCUACAAAUGCGCUUUUGCUGCAACGGCUGAUUGGCCCGGCUGGGUUGAAGCCGGUUUUGACAAGGCCAGGAGUUCGUCAUGUCAGGCUCCCGACAGCAGCGCUGCAUAACCUUCAAGCUUUCAACUUGGCUACUGCUACGGCUGCCCAGCCUCCCGAUAGCACCGCGUCACCGGCGCCGGCGCCGACUCCUCCCGAACUAGUGGACACUCGGGCGAACAGUUCGCCGUGGACUGACCGGGACGGGAGCGACGUGAAGCCGGAGCGAGGUUCGAGCCCGGAAGGGUCAGAACCGUGGCACCUGCCCACUGGUGAACCCCACGACUAUUCUUACGAAGAGACAGUUCGGGCGGACAACCUCGGAAGGACAGUGCUGGUGGUGCAGAGGAGAGACGGGACCAGACAACAUCGGCUCACCCACGUCUCAGCCGCCGCGUUGAGGCACAAAUACGCUAUACUGGAGCACGAAUUGAGGCUACAGAAAUCACUAUCGGAGGAGUGCGAAGACUUAGGCGUGGACUCGCCGUCUGCGUCGGAGCUGUUCCCUGAAGCGGAGUUGUUGUUCGCCGCGUCGCCUGCGCACGAUCACAACCAAGAGCAGGGGCAUCAUUCGCACACACCGCAACCAAACCACAUCCAAGCUAGCAUCCCGCAACCAGACAUGGACGACCAGAUAGCCACCGACCAGUUACUAUCCCGGGAGGAUAUCCCGGACGACCAGCAGGAGAUCCCGAUAGGUCUGGAGGAUGUGGUCGGGACACCGUUGCCAGCGCCUCUGGAUGCGGAGGAGUUUGCUAGAGCACACCCUAAUACGACUUUCCACAGCGAGCCCACGGAUGAUGGCGAGGUACAGCAAUUUACGAUAAGCGGGCUGAAGGCGCGUCAUAUCACGUCCACUAUAUUCCACGCCACACGCGCGCCCGCCACCGUUCUUAUGGCGGCUCCUCAGACCACCGUCAUAUCCCAAGCGCCGCCUGACGCUGGUCACACCGUCAAGUAUGAUACUUUAGACAACAUGAUACAUACCAUACCUUCCCACAACGGGAAUAUCAAUCUAUCCUCGGUCCUCGUCAAAGACGAAGGCCUUACCAGGUUUGAUCUACUCAACGACACCAGAGAACUACACCUAUCGAAUACAGCGUCAACUAUAGUACACUCUGCGGGAAACGCGACGCAAGUCAUCAGGCGAGUGUGCUACGAAGACGACAAACGAUUCCUCAUGGAUGAACCUGAAGCUUUGAUAGCUGGAGAUGACGCAAAGAUGAUCGGAGAAGACAGCCGCGACGAGACUCUGCAGUCGAUGGCGGAUGUAGAAGAUGACAGGUCCUCGCCGGAACGCCACGCGGAAUUGUUUUGGGAGUCGAAUUCCGCGUCAGAACGGUCAGACGGCAGACGGCCUCUCGACUUCAGUAGUGACAGCGAGAAAUGCUGCAAGAGUCCGUCGUACGAUGAAACAAACUCGACUGAUUCCAGCGGGGUCGGCACCCAUAUGAGAUUGGAUUCGGUCAUCAAAGACGCGAGGGGGAUGGAACGCAUUGGCAGCGCUGACGGGUCCUCCGCUGAUGAUAACCACCCGCCGCUUCGCACGUACCCGCCUAAAAGAACUUACCAUCCAAUCGACGGGGAUAUGGAGCGUAGCCUGUCCGGAAAGACCCGGGCCGGGGAAAGAUCUCCGGGCGAUCCGGACAGCCGGCGCCGAGCGUCCGGACGCGGCGUGGUCAAACGCGGCUGCCAUUGCUGCAACGGCUCCCCUGCCCCCUCCCGCCCCAAGAAAUCGCGACAGCGAAAACCAACCAUUGACUUCACGACGAAUUAAGACUUAAUCCCCCUUAUUACAAAAAGUUAGACUCGGUUUUAACCCUGGUUUAAAUUGCCAUUCACUAUGGAAAUAACAUUUUAAACAAGAGUUCCGUUCGUCCCGGGAACUUUUUUGUAAUAAGGCCCUAUGUGAUCUAUUUGUACUUCGGGCGCCAGACGCCCCCCAGACUGAACUGCGAUCUCUUUACUGAUGAGGUUACACUUCUUUAGGUAAUAAAAUUGUUGAAAUUGUUUUGUAUAUAAUUUUAUAUGUAACUACCGGUAGCUAAGUUCGCGUCGGAUACUAUGCGAUGUAUUUUGUUAAUGUUUACUUACGUUCGAGUUAGUAGUUCCUUUUAGGUGUUAUUUUUCGCUAAGUUUUUACUAAAGUGUCACCUAUAAGUUCAAAUUUGUUUCUUGCGGAUCGAGAUAAGUUUUUUAAUGAUUGUUAAAACUUUACUUCUUGUAAUAUAUCCAUAUACAUAUUGUAUUGAUAUGUAACUGUAUAAAAAUGUAUUUCUAUAGGUUACCUCCAUUAUAGAAGUAAGCGUUUCCGUUAGUGAAUACAGGCCAUACUCAAAUGUGAAUUUAAUCGUCUUUUAGCGGUAUAGUGAUAAUGUAUUUAGUUGAAUCAUAGCUCUUCAUAUUAAUGAUGCUAGACUGAUGUUGUCGUUCGGUUAGCGUAGCCACGCGUUGGGCGCCAACGUUUUGUACUUGUUUCGUUUUGGUACUGUAUUAACGCUUAGCUUUAGUUGUUAAGCAACUUCCACGAGAACUGCACAAAUUGAAAGAUUCAAAGACGACGGGAGCUUUAAAGUUUAAACUUCAUGCGUGUUAUUUUUGAGAUUUCCUUUUUGGUAAACAUUAUUCGUGGUUAAUAUCCGUGCCAAUGCGAGUUUGUCGCGGUUUUCUGCGCUUGUUCCAAAGGGCGUUGUCGCUAUAUUAUUAUAGAAAUUAUUAACAUUUUAUAGUAGCGAUGUGUUAAGCUAGUGUGAAUUUGAUAUCCAUGUAAAUAUAUACUUCGUCCCCGCGUUGUUCAAGGGGGUCUCUAGUCACUAUAGUACCGAUAUAAUAGUGUUUAUCUAUGAUACCGAGGAGCCCAGUGGUGUACUUUUGCCCACGGCUUUGUUUGGCUCUGAGCCGUAUACAGUUUAUUUCACGCAGUAUUUUAUCGCUUAUGUAUAUAAAAUGCCCAUGUAUCGAUUCACGUCGCGACAUUUAUCAGCGAAAAUCUAAUUUCGCGGUUAAGGGCGACUCAUUCCGAAUUGUAUAUAGAGAGAGGGGUGUUUAAAAUUAGUGAAUUUAGUGGGCGGACGUAUUAUAGUGAAAAUUGUAACUGAAAUGCACUCAAUGGGUUGGCGAAUAAACAAUAUUUCAGAAAUUCAUGUAGCUGUAAGAUAGGAG